AUGGAAAGGUUCAGGCCACUUCCCCAGCUUACAGGUGACAACUACGCAUACUGGAAGGCUCGAACAAGAACUCACCUUAAAGCCCAAGGAGAUCAGAUUUGGCGGGCGGUACUGACUGGUUGGACACCACCUACAAAAUCUGGAGAAAAAGACGGUGAUCCACCAGUGAUAAAACCUGAAACCGAGAGAACUCAAGUUGAAAUUACCACUGCUGGAUAUAACGAUAAGGCUCUUGACACAAUCUAUUCCUUAAUGCAUGAAAAUCAAUUUUCGUUGGUUACAGGUAUUGAUUGUGCAAAAAUUGCGUGGGAAAUACUCGAAACCACCUAUGAAGGUACGUGUUCAGUCAAACAGUCAAAGCUUCAGCUGGUAAAGACUGAAUUUGAAGAACUACGUAUGAACGAUGACGAAGAUAUUGCGAGUUUUCACGAACGCAUACAAGAGUUAGCUAAUCGAGCAACAAUUCUUGGAAAACCUUUCUCCCAACAAAAACUUGUCAAAAAAAUCCUAAGAUCUUUACCUCCGAGAUUCAGGAUGAAGGUAACCGCUAUUCAAGAACAUGAUGGCUGGGAGAACAAAUCAGUGGCUCAACUAAUGGGCAAUCUUCGAACCUAUGAAAUGGAAAUUCUUACUGAUCACACCAAAAAACAAAAGACAAUUGCAUUUGUCGCUGAAGAACAUGAUGAUACCGCUAACCCAGACGAAUCAGGUGAUGAUCCAGUUACAUUUUUAACUAAACAAUUUUCUAAUUUUUUGAAACAGAUAUCUCAGAAGAAUUCACAAAACAAAAAAUUUCAAAAAGGAGCAAGCUCAAACAUGUCGAAAACUGAUACAAAAACUAGCAUGCCAAACUCAAAACCUGCUGCCUUACGUCCAACCCGCUCCAGGGAAAAAUCAAACAACAAAGGAAUAAAAUGUUACGAGUGUGAGGGCUUUGGUCAUGUUCAAGCUGAAUGUCCAACUUAUCUUAGGCGAAAGAAGUCCAUGACAGCCACAACUUGGAGUGAUGACGAACCUGAAUCAGAAGCUGCUGGCUCUGGCGCAGAAGAAAUGUUCGGUAAUUUUGUAGCUUUUACUACUAGAGUUGCGACAUGUUCAGAACCUGGAGAUGCAUCUGACACGGAGGGUGGUGAAUACAACUCGACGGAAGACCAUGAAAUACUAGAUUUAUCUUAUGAAGUAGAGUUUAACAAGUUGUAUCCCAAGUGGGAAGCAUUACUUAAAGCAAAUCGUAUAGUGUCUAGUGAAGUUAGAGUAUUGCAAAAUGCUGUAAACGUGUUCAAAGGUCAAGUAGCAGAUAGGGACGCGUUAAUUAAAGAAUACACUGACCGAGAAGACAAACUGAAACAGGAAGUCAAGGAACUGAAGCUGGAACUGAGGUACGAGGACACAUCAGACCUGAGUGUUAUUACUUCUACAAAGAACAAAGGGCCGAAAAACAUAGCCAUAAGUAGGGAUGAAAAAUGGUACUUCGACAGCGGUUGCUCACAUCACAUGACUGGAAACGCAAAAUUUCUAAGUGACAUAAACACAAGCAACGGUGAAGUAACUUUUGGUGAUGGAGUCAAAGGACAAGUAACCGGAGUAGGUACUCUAAAUGUUGCAGGUCUACCGAAGUUGAAAAAGGUGCUACUGGUAAACGGACUCCAUGCCAACCUCAUAAGCAUUAGCCAACUUUGCGACCAAAACUGGAAUGUUAGCUUCACCAAAGACAACUGCAGUGUUAUGGAUAAUGAAAAACAAUGUGUUAUGGAAGGUUCAUGUGGCAAAAGAUUUAGUAAAAAGCAAAAAGGAACUAUUAUGGAGCUGUUCUCUCUAUUUCAUCGUCAAGCAAAAGUUAUCUGGUAUUAG